AUGGAUGUCCGUGUGGCGCCUGGGACGGCUGUCCACGCCUUGCAUGAGGCACCUGCGCUGCCUGCCACUCCCAUCACGCAGCUCGCACAGAGCCUUCUGGGCAUGGUGCUUGCCCUGCUGCGCAUGAUGCGGUGGCUCCUGCACUUUGGCUCUAUCACGCUGCCAAGCACACUCUACCGCAUUUUGCAUUACAGCAUGACGGUCAAAGUGACGUUUCCUGUGCUUGCCCUAUGGUGCUUCGGAGUAUCCGCCUUAGUUCUCCUCUGGCUGCGCUACUGGCACUGGAACCGGUACGAGUACGUGCGCGAGGCGCCCAUCCGCAAACUCGCGCCCAGCGCGCUCACCCCUGAUGUCGCGCCCAUCCAGCAUGAAGACGAACGCGGCUCUUUCCACUCAUACCUUGAUGAAUUUCUGCAGGCGAUCCGCAUCUUUGGCUUCCUCGAGCGGCCCGUCUUCCACGAGCUCGCGCGCCAUCUGCAGACACGGCGCAUGCUCGCAGAUGACGAGCUCUCUCUCGACAUGGAGACAUCCUUCUACAUCGUCAUCGAUGGGCAUGUCCAGGUGUUUGCACCUGCGCCCAGCGCAACUGGCAACGGCGAUUCUUCGCGCGAGUACCAACUCGUCAACGACGUCAAAAGCGGCGGCACACUCAGCUCCCUAUUUACCAUCCUGCGCCUGUUCACCGAGCAGGUACAGCUCGGCUUUCACGCCGAUGAUACCGAUGUGCCACCCCUCACGGCCUUGGACUCGGCGCGGGGCUCCGUGCCGAUGCCCUCGUCGGUGCUGUCGCCCUCCCGCUCAGAGAGCUCUGGCCCGCCGCCUCCCACUGCGUCGCCCCGCAUGGGACCUGCUGGCGACGCGGGGGGGCCUGGUCUACAGGGGCGCGGCUCGGUGGCGCGCGCGCGAAGCGACACGACCCUUGCUGUGAUCCCCGCCGAGGCGUUCCGGCGGCUUACGGCCAAGUACCCCAACAGCGCAUCGCACAUUGUGCAAGUCAUCCUGACGCGGCUUGCGCGCGUCACGUUCCACACGGCGCACCAGUACCUUGGCCUUACGCGCGAGGUCAUGCAGAGCGAGUAUGCCAUCAACCAGAAUGCGCGGGUGUAUCUGCCGCCGCAGUUCUACGAGCCCGACGCCCUCGACGAGCUGUGGCGCCGCUUCCAUCCCCACCCCCGUCCCAGUGUCGCUGACCUUGCGGCGCGCGCGCGGCACGUCGGAACGGUGGUCGAUACCCUCACCGACACGCACGAUGCAGUGCAGCCUGGCGACCUACACAGCAUGGUGUCGGCCGUCAUGGAGGACCCAACGAUCCUCGAAGCCUCCCCGCGGGUCGAUCCCCAGCCCAGCCCGGGCGAACUACUCGCUGGCUCAUCGCGGUCCGAUGCGCUUGACUGGCGAGAGGAAAUCAUGCACUGCAUUGCAAACAGCAUCGGACUUACGCAGGCCAUGAUCUCGGACUUGCCCAGUGCCCUUGCGAGCCCGUUCCUCGCGAGCCACACGAGUGCCAUGGCUAGCGCGUACUCGAACUUGAGCCAUCUCGAUGCGUCUGCGGCGCCUUCGGAAGAUGGCAGCGAGCCCAACGCGCCACUUGCGCCUGAAAAUGGCGUCGAAGUGCGCUUUUUCCGUCAAGGCAGUGUGCUGGCUCAUGCUGGCCAGGUGGGCGCCGGCUUGUUCUAUGUGAUUGAUGGGCAGCUGGAUAUGCAGCUGCCAGCUGCGGCGCGCCCGGCCUCGAAGCUGUUUUCAGUGGAGCGCGGCGGCAUCGCUGGCUACCUAUCGAGCCUGCUCGGUGUGCCGAGCUUUGUGGACAUUGUCGCGCAGCGCGACACGUACGUGGGCUAUCUGCCCGUGCGCAAUCUCGAGCGCCUCGUGGAGAAGCGCCCCAACGCGCUGCUCACCCUCUCCAAGCGGCUGCUCAGCCUGCUGCCUCCUCUCAUUGUGCACAUUGACGCGGCCCUCGACUGGGUGCAUGCCGGUGCGGGCCAGGUGCUCUUCCGCGAGGGCGACGAGGGCGACAGCCUGUACAUUGUGAUCAACGGGCGUCUGCGCGCGCUGCGUGAGCGCGAGGGGCACGCACUCGAGGUGCUUGGCGAGUACAGCCAGGGCGACAGCAUCGGCGAGGAUGAAGUGAUGACGCGGGGCGUGCGCACCGCGACGCUGCAUUCGAUCCGCGACUCGGAGCUUGCGCGCAUGCCCUCGACUCUGUUCAAUGCGAUCGCCUUGUGGCACCCGCCGGUCACCCUUCAAAUGUCGCGCAUCAUCGCGAAGCGUAUGCGCCAGGAAAUGGACGAGCGGGCCAAGGCGCGGCGCAUGGCGCUGCCGCCCCACAUCUCCGCGGCGAUUGGACGGGGGCAGAGCAUGCACAACCUCAAGACCGUGGCCGUGCUGCCCGCGUCGCCGGCUGUGCCCAUCGCGGAGUUUGCGCGGGCAUUGCAGGCGGCGUGUGCGGCGGCCAUCGGCGCGCCCGUCGCCUUUCUCAGCCAGGGCUCGGUGAUCCGCGCACUCGGGCGCUACGCGUUCUCGCGCAUGGGCAAUCUCAAGCUCGCGGGCUGGCUCGCGGAUCAGGAGCAGUACCACCGCCUCGUGAUGUACAUGGUCGACACGCCCGCCUCGUCGUCGUGGGCGUCGACGUGCGUGCGGCAGGCCGACUGUAUCCUUCUCGUGGGCCUCGGCGACGAGCCGCAGGUCGGCGAGAUGGAGCGCAUGCUGCUGAGCAUCCAGACGACGGCACGCAAGGAGCUGGUGCUCCUGCAUCCCGAGCGCAGCGUCACCCCAGGCACGACGCGCGAGUGGCUCAAGCCCCGGCCCUGGGUGAGUGCGCAUCACCACAUUGAGCUGCCCGGCCUGCCGCCCGCGCGCACGAGUCCGGCGCCGGACCUGCCGCCGGUGCAGGCGCUGCGCACCCUCACGCAGCAGCUCAUGACGCGCAUGCGGCGCCACGCGCGAUCGCCUGCGCCGGCCGCGCGGCCCCCCCACCUGACAGACUUUGCGCGCCUCGCGCGCCGCCUGUGUGGUGCCUCGAUUGGUCUGGUGCUCGGCGGUGGCGGCGCGCGUGGCUGCGCGCACAUUGGCGUGCUGCGCGCGCUCGAGGAGCUCGGUAUCCCCAUUGACAUUGUCGGCGGCACGUCGAUUGGCUCGUUCGUGGGCGGGCUCUACGCGCGCGACGGUGCCGCGGUCUCGAGUCACGGGCGUGCGAAGCGCUUUGCGGGGCGCAUGGCGUCGCUGUGGCGCUUUGUCACAGAUGUGACGUACCCCCUCGUCUCGUACACGACAGGCCACGAGUUCAACCGCGGCAUCUUCAAGUGCUUCGCAGACACACACAUCGAGGACAUGUGGCUCCCCUACUUUUGCAACACGACCAACAUCACAUGGAGCCGCAUGGAGGUGCACACGAGCGGCUAUGCAUGGCGGUACAUUCGUGCGAGCAUGACGCUCGCCGGUCUAGUGCCGCCGAUGAUUGACGAGGGCGAUAUGCUCGUGGACGGUGGAUACACGGACAACCUGCCCGUCUCGAUCAUGCUGGCGCUCGGCGCGCGCACGGUCCUGGCUGUGGAUGUGAGCAACAUUGACGACACGUCCCUGCAGAGCUACGGCGAUACCCUGUCGGGCUGGUGGGUGCUGCUGAACCGCCUCAACCCGUGGAGCGCGAUGCGCACGAUACCCAGCAUCCCCGAUAUCCAGAGCCGCCUCAUGUACACGACAUCGAACCAGCGCCUCGAGGAUGCCAAGGCCGACGAGGCGUGCCUCUUCAUGCGCAUGCCGAUCGAGGGCUACGGCACGCUCGAGUUUGGCAAGUACAACGAGCUGCUCGACCUCGGCUACCGCGAGGCGCUCCAGCGCCUCGCGCAGUGGCAGCUCGCGGGCCGCCUGCCGACGCACCCGGACGAGGCGCCUGCCCAGGCGCAGCAGCGCGGUGCACGGGCACGCCGCCACAGUUUGUAG